AUGAUAUUAUUAUUAUUAUUAUAUCAAAAAGAACAAAAAAGUGAGAACGACGACGAAUGUGGAAAACGAAAGAAAGACAGAAAGAAAGAAAAGGACAACGAGAAAGAGAGCCAAGGCAGUGUUAAAAUGAUUGGGGCAACACAACACAACAGAACAGCAAUGAAGAAGAAGAAGAAGAAAAAGAAGGAAUCAUAUAGAAGACAGCCAACGACGAAUGGAAAAAAAAAAGAAAAAAGAAAAGGGUUGUGUGUAUGA